UCCGGCGUGUGUUUUGGCUCCCGGGAACGCCUUCCGGCGGCUUCAGCGAUGGAGGCGUUGCGGUUGCUGCCGCGGGACGCUCGAGACUUCGCUUCGUCGGAGUAUUGGGACCGAUUCUUUCGGAAGCGAGGCGAGCGCGCCUUUGAGUGGUACGGCGAGUGGUCGGGACUCGGACCGACUUUGGGGCGGUAUCUGCGCCUGCGGGACUCGAUUCUUGUUGUUGGCUGUGGCAAUUCAGAACUAAGUGAGCAGCUGUAUGAUGAAGGCUAUCAUGAUAUCAUCAGUGUGGACAUUAAUGAGCGGGUUGUUAAGCAGAUGCAGGAACGCAGCACGCAACUGAGACCCAAAAUGACUUACAUGGUAAUGGAUGUACUGCAAAUGGAUUUCCCCGAUGAUCAUUUCCAGGUGGUGUUUGAUAAAGGCACACUUGAUGCCCUGCUGACUGAUGGAGAAGAAACCACUCUGAAAAGAGCUGAAAGAAUGUUUGCUGAAAUUAGCCGUGUCUUGCAAUUCGGGGGGCGUUACCUAUGUGUCUCCUUGGCUCAGACACACGUAUUGAAGGCAGCUGUGGAAUAUUUUUCUCAGAAAGGUUGGAUGGUUCGUGUACAUCAAGUCCCUGGCCAGAAAACAGGCACUUCAGAACAGGAAUUUGCUUUGCCUGUCUUUGUUUAUGUUAUGACAAAGAUAAAACCAGUCCCUGGCUCUGUUUUAUGCAUUUUGGAGCUCUGUACUGAAGCACAAGAGAAACCUGCCCGGUUCAAGAACAGUGAGCAUCUAAUUGAUGCAGUGAAAGAGAGACAACACUAUUCUCUGCUGUGGAAUCAACUCAAUAAGAACUCCAAUGUAGGGACCAUCUCUCUGGAUCUCUGCAACAAAGACACUGGUCAAGUCCGGUAUACUUUACAUGUAGUGCAUAGCCCAAAGGCGAAAAUGUCACAGGACAAGCAAUUUGCCAUCUUUAUCAUACCACAGGGCAGAGAAACUGAGUGGCUCUUUGGGACGGAGGAGGGACGGAAGCAGUUGGUCCUGAGUGCGGGAUUUUGGCGUCUGGUAACUGUGGCCUUACAUAGAAAUCAACACUAUGACAACAUGGGAGCCAUCCAGGCAGAACUGUCAGAAAAAGUGAUGGAACUAGCCCCCCCUGGGCUUCCAGCCCAGCAGCAGGUGCCAUUUCUGUCUGUGGAUGGAGACAUUGGGAUCCGUACCAUCCAGCAUAGCGAUACUAGUCCUUUUAGUGGGGAGUACGUUAUUGAAGAUGUCAAAGGAGGUGGUGCUUGCUAUUUCCGUCGCCUCAUCUUCCUCAGCAACAGGAAUAUAGUGCAGUCAGAAGCAAGGCUUUCAUCCAGGGUAUCCCACAAAGGUAACAAGCAGAAGCAGCAAAAGAAGAAGAAAGUGGACCUAAGGGACCGUUCCAAAUCUGAUGCUGAAGCUGCUCGUCUGGCCAUUGACAAAAGUUACUUGUGUUGUGCUCACCACAGAGCUAUGGUCUCAGGACUGUGCUUGCUGAAAAACCCUGAAGGUCUUCCAAAAGCCCAGAUCCAUAUGCUUGUGAUUGGCCUGGGUGGUGGCAGCCUCCCUCUCUUCCUUCAUGACUACUUCGUGCAGUGCUCUGUUGAUGUAGUGGAGAUUGAUUCUGCCAUGCUGGAAGUGGCUACACGCUGGUUUGGUUUUUCACCAGGAGAUAGACUCAAAAUUCACAUUGCAGAUGGCUUAGUUUAUGUUGCCAAUCUUACAGCAAAAGCUCCAUCAUCUUAUGAUGUAAUAAUGUUUGAUGUGGACAGCAAGGACUCAACUUUGGGAAUAAGCUGUCCACCACCAGCCUUUGUGGAGAAAGCUUUUCUUCAGAAAGUGAGAACACUUUUGAAAACAGAAGGCGUUUUUAUUCUCAAUCUGGUAUGUCGAGAUAUCUUGCUUCAAAAGUCUGUUUUGGCUGCCCUCAAAGAGACUUUUCCUGUGCUUUAUACUCAGAAGAUUGAAGGGGAAGUAAAUGAGAUCAUCUUUUGCCAACAGCAGGAUAAAGUCAAAUUGUCUCCCAGAGACCUUCAAGAGAAAGCUCAGAUUUUGGAGAAGGCACUUCAGCGACCUGGGCAAGAAUGGGAUAGCACUUAUAUCCUGGCAGAUAUGUUGGAAACAAUAAAACUGGUUUGAACAACCACAUAUUCCAUGUUGCAGCUACAGUUGGAGAGAAGAAAUACAGCCCACUACAUUCUGAGGGUAUUGUGUUACAUCAGUUACAGAUCCGUAUUUGCAUACCGGACAAGGAUGGGCCAUCAAUUUGAAAAGUUGAAGGAAAAGGAAAUGCCCAUUCCUUUGUGGCAGAAUUGGAAACCAUUUCACUGAGAGAUUUUGAUUUUGAGAUGAAGGAAGUGCCCUAAAAUGUUCCUCUGGAGCAACCUCCUGCUUUAGAUUUGUUUCUUUUGUGUUGUCAUUGACUGUUUAACAUCAGCUGCCCCUUUCUUUAGAAUCAAAUAGCUUUUGUUUUAUAUUUUGUUACAAAUAUAAGAUAAAGUGAAAAAGAAGUCAGAAAGUGAAAUUCCUGGAUAUAAGAAUUUAUAGUAUUUAUAAAAGGAAAGAACUUAAUGAGAUGGAUUAUUUCAGUUUUAUAGGAAAAUGUAAUAUUUGAGAGAAUCUCUUUGAAAGCUUUAUCAUUUGUACAAAGAUGUUUGAGUUUGUUCCAGUGACACGGUCACUUGCACCAUACUUGUGACUCCCUUUUUGACACUUAUGGGACAAGGAUGAGGCCUUUUCAAAGUAGAAUCCUCCAGUUCUAUUUUGCAUCUUCUGAGACACCACUGUCUAGACAGAAACUUCCCUGCAUUUCUUUUUUUGUGAUAGGCUCUAUUGUGUAAUCCCUAAAGCAAAAAUGGAUGAGUUGGGAAAUAC